AUGGAGAAUAAAACAAUUACAUUAGCAACUAUUAAUGAUAUCGAAAAUGGUAAAAACGUAGACACAUUAAGUAUGAUAACAAAAAUGGAUUUGAAGUUAAAUAAUAGUAAAAAUGGAAAUACUACAAAAAUAAGAAAUAUAAAUUUUGAAGAUUCAUUAAAAAUGAAUGAAGAACAAAUAAAAGUAAAAGAGGCAGUUUUUAUAUUACAAAAUUUGGAAAACUUUAAUUAUUCUAUUAGUUAUUCCGAAAUACAAAAUAUAAGAAAUGAUUUAAGAUUAUUUGCAGUUAACAGCUAUCAUGAUAAAAAAUAUUCAGAUUGCUUAAUCCAAGCUAUUCAUUCUUAUAUGAUAGCAAAAAAAUAUUAUUCUAAAUUUUAUGGUUUUUAUUUAACAGGAGAUAUGAGCACAGAAUUAAUUUUAAUUUGUAAGUGCUAUGUUUUAAUUGAAAAAUAUGAAGAAGGGAAAAAAUAUCUACAAGAAUUAAAAUUUUUAAUUGAUAAUACUUUAUUAUAUACUCACAAAAAGGGCAUAAUUAAUGAGCAACAACAAAAAAAAGAGAAUGAACAGUCUUCCAAUGUAAAAAAUGAAAUUAGCAAUAUUAAAAAUUUAGAUAGUAAUUAUGAAGAGCCAAUUAUAUUAUGUGGAAUAGAAGUAUUAUCAAAUAUACUUUAUAUUUUUGCUGAUUUAUUAAGUUUAUAUAAAGAAAAUGAGGAAGCAGAAAAAUAUUUUUUAAAAUACCUUUAUAUUAUUGAAAAAACUUUUAAUAUAGAUAGUUUAAAUUAUAGUGAUGCAUUGAAUGAUGUGUGCUCUUAUUACAUCAAAAAUAGAGAGUAUGUAAAAGCACUAGCUACUUGUGAACAAAUUUUGGAGAUAAGGAAAAAAUAUUUUGGUGACUAUGAUUCAGAAAGUCCAAGCGAAGUAAUUGCUGACUGUUAUUGCAAUUUGGGAUUAUUAUUGAGGUUAUUAGGCAAUUCUAUAGAAUCUUUACAUAAAUAUUUAAUUGCAGUAGAUAUGAGAAUGCGAAUUCAUAAAACUAGAUAUACAAUUGAAGUUCAAGAUAUUUUAUUUUCUUUUGCUAUUAUUAUGCAUCAACUAAAUAAUUUCAAAAUAUCCUUACAACUAUAUAAAGAAGUCUAUUCUUUUUAUAAAAAUUAUUAUGGUCCAGAUGAUAUUAAUACUACAAUCGCUUUCAAAUUAAUUGAAGAACUAGAAAAAGAUAUUAUGAAAAAGUCAGAUAGAAAUGAGACAAAUGCUAACUUAGAAGAUUAUAUGGGAAACAUAAAUGAAAAAUCAAUAAGAGAUAAUAAAAUGGAUAAAAAUUGUAAUUCUUUUAAUGAGAAAUUAAAAAAUAUCCCCAAAAGUGGAGAUAUAGAUCCUAAUUUAAUUGAAAAUCUUAUGAAUGAAAGAAUUUUAAUUAAUACAAAAAAUCCUUAUAAGAAUUUAGGAGAUAAAAAAACUUUGUUAACAUUAGAAGGAAAUUUUAGAUAUAAUGACUUAAGUUAUUGUAGUAUUGAUGCAUAUAAGCAUAUGCAAUCAAAUAAAGAAUUUGAAAUAGUAAAGAGUUCCUUUUUUACUACUUCUUCUAUUAAUAGAAUUAAAUCACUCUAUGCAGAUUCAUGGAAAAAUACCUUAAUUCCUUCUACUUAUAUACUACCUUUUGUUGAAACAAAGUUAGUUGAUGAAAAAUUAGUUCAAUUGUCAGAAUGCAAAGACUUUCAGAAUGCUAUUAUUUUCAAACGAAAAAUUUUGCCUAUUGUUAAUAUACCAUUAAUUGAAAGAGGAUAUGUAAAAUUAGAAAAUGAUGAACCUAUUAUGAUUUGUAACGAAGACGCUAAAGUUUUAUUAAACGAAUGGAACAUUAAAGAGCCUUUUGUAGAUUCUCAAGGUAACGUAGUUAGUAAAUAUGAAGGAUUUGAUGAAGAAUUUCAUAUGUUUAUAUCCAUUUUAGAUGAAAAUAAUGAUAUUAUGCUUGGAUUUUAUAAUAAUCCUUUACUUGUACCAAAUCCUGCUAUUUAUCAUUGUAUUAUUUUAAGCGAUCCAUCUUACUUUGAUAGAUAUAAUCGCAGCCAUGGUUUAUAUUCUUAUAAUACCUUACAGACAAAUAACAAAAAAAGUAAAGAUAUGAAAAAUGUUGAUUUUAAAGAUUUAGAUAAAGACAAUUUACAUGUAUAUAGCAAUGCAGAUUCCUCUGAUUCUAAAGAUAAUAGCGAAUCAAUAAAAAAUAGUGGUGAAAUUAAUUCAAAUAGCAUAUUUGAUUCUUUAAAAUCGAUUGAAAAGGAUAUUGAAAAUGCUGAAAUAAAGAAUAAUAUAAUAAAUAAAAAAUAUCUCCUUUCAGACACUGAACUCUUUAAUAAAAAUAAAACAAGUGAUAUUAUGAAGGAACAUGUACCAAAAGAUGGGUAUACAAUGGAAGCGAAUAUAAGCAAACCAAAAAUAAUGUUAAAGAUGGAAAAGGUACCAAAAAAUAUUCUAGGUAGCAAUUUAAUGAGCAAUUUAAAUAAAAAGAAAUCAAUCAAUGAACUAAUGAAAAAGCCAAUAAUUAAAAGUAGCAGUUCUACAAUAAAUAAGGUAGAUACAGAUAUUUCCAAGGAAAAUUCUGAUAAAAAUCAAGACGAUUUUGAUUCUUCAAAAAAUGACAUAAAAAGCAAAUCUUUUUCACAAAUGAAACAUGAUAAUAUAAUAGAAUCAAAAAUAAGUGAUGCUAAAUCAACUCUUAAAAAGAACUCGAAAUCUUCUAUGGAUUUAAAUAAAAAGAAAAAUAGUUUUAAAGAAAAAAAACAUAUUUUUAAAAUGAAAAAUAAUAAUUCCACAAGAUUAUUUUCAAAAGAGAAAUAUGUAUUAAAAAAAUUUAGUAAGUUAACCACUUCUUCCAAAAGUACUAACGAAAAAAGUAAGUUACUUAAUUAUAAAAAUUCUGUAAUUGUUGAUACAUUAGAAAAAUCAAACAGAAUUAUUAAAUUUAAAAAGGAGCCAAUUGUAAAAUCAUCUAUUGAUCAAAAUAUUAAAUUGGAUUUACAAAAUAAUAUGAAAAAAAUUACAGAAUUUGAUACAAAUAAUUUCAAAAGAGAAAUAUAUUAUGACGAAUUUCCAUCUAAUAAUUAUACUAAUUCAAUUAAUUUAUCUUUUGAUGAUGAUAAAGAGACAGUUGCAAGUUAUGGAGAAUAUCAAAAAAACAAAAAAGUAUAUUCUUCAAAUAAGUAUACUAGAGAAAAUAAAUAUUUUCGUUUAAAAAGUCAUCUUAUUAAUAAAAAUAAAAAGAGAAAUAAGAAUAAAAUAUUUCCUUUAAAUGAAGAAAAUGAUAGGAAUGUCGAAGGUUUUAGUGAUCGUAACGAUAAAAGUUUUAGUGAAAAUGAUAGUGAAAAAAAUACCAAAGAUGAUAAUAUAAUUUAUAACGAAAAUAACAACGAAAGUAAUGAUGAAGAUAUCGUUGAUUUAUAUAAAGUCUUCGAUGUUAAUUUAUCAUCUGAUAAUUCUAAUCAUGAACUUGAUUUGAAUUAUUUAAAAGAAAAAGAAAAUAAUCCCAAGCAUAACUCUUAUUCUAUAAUUAAAUAUAUUAAUAAUAAAAAAAAUGAAAAAAUGAAAGAAUCUAAAAAUCAUAUAUCAUCUAAUCACACAAUUAGUGAAAAUUCAGAAAAUGAAAAAAAUUUUGAUAUAAAGAAUGUAAAUCUUAAUGAGAUUCAAAACAAAGCAAUUAAUUAUAAUGCUAAAUCCUCUGAAUUUCUUUUAAAGAACAAAAUAAAAAAUAUUAAAAACAUAAAAAACUCUGAUAUCUUAUUUAAAUUUGAUUUUAAUAAAGAAGAAUCAUUUAGUAACGAAAAUUCACUAUCAGAAAGAAAUUCUAGAAGUAAUGAAAUAGAUAAAAAAAAUUUAGCAAAUGAUAUAUACUUAGAUCACUUAAAAUUAAAUGAUAAAAGAGUCAAAAAAAUGUUAGAAGAUAAUGAAUCAUCCACAUCAUCAGUUUUACAUAGUGAAAAUAAAAAAAUAAUAAAUUUAGAAAAUAGUAAAGAAAAUAAAUUAAAUAUUCAUUUAACCAAAAAAGAAUUUUUUCUGAAAAAUAAAGACAGAUGUACCUUUAAAAAUAACAACUUAAAAAAAAUAGAUGCAAAUGUAGAAGAAAUCUUAUUAAGUGAAAAUGAAGAAUUUUAUGAUGAAUUCAUUAAAAAUACCAAAAUUGAUGAAGAAAAAUUUUUUUUUGAUACUGAAAAGAAUAAAAAUUUUUUAAAGGAUAACGAAAAUAUUAUUCUAUACAAAAAUGAACACAUAAAUACAAAUAAUGAUGAUAAAAGUGAUGUAAUGUCUCAUAAGAAUGGAAAACGUGAAAUUGAUGAUGAAAGUAAUAGUUUUGAUAAAAUUUUUGAAGAUAAUAAUACAAAUGACUCAUGUAAUGGAGAGGCAACUUAUUUAGAGAAAGUAAAAAAUAAAAUAAUAGAUGAUUCACAAAGGGGAAUCCUUGCUGAUAAUUUAUUCUUAAGUAGUUCAAUAGAAGAACUAGACUCUAAUUUAGUUACUAAUAAGUAUAAAAGUAAUGAUUUGAAUAGUGUAAGAAGUGAAAUUCAAAAUAAUAGCAAAAUAAAUAAUGUUAUAGAUAAUAGCCAAGAAGAUAUUAGUUUGUUUGCUGGUUCGGAUAUCUAUAAUGAGAAAAAACAUUUAAAAUCAAAUGAUUAUAAUUGCUCAGAGAAAGAAGAUAAUAUAAAAUUAGAUGAGAAUUAUUACAUAAAUAUGAAGAAAAAUGAAGAAAAUAAAUUAAAAAGAGAGGAUAAAUUAAAAUUAGAUGAAACAAAUAAAAUAAAAAUGAAUAGUUACGAUAAUGUAGUUCAUUAUGAUAAUCAAAUUCACGUAAAAAAUAGCCAUAUUAAAAAUGAAAAAGAAAAAAAUAAGGAAGAAAUUAAAACAAAUUUCUCAUUAGAUAAAUAUGAAUGUAGUAAUUUAAUUAAUAGUAUUAAGAACAUUGAUAAUAUUAAUUAUACUGAAGGCAUAUGCAAUAUAAAUAGUAUAACUGAUUUUGCAAAAGUAAAUCACUUUGAUAAUGAUAUAUAUAAUAUUGAUAAUACUGAUAACGUUAAUCAUUUAAAUAAUAAAAAGAAAAAAAAAAAAAAGAAAUAUUUUUUACCAUUAAAUAAAAAAACUCACAUUCUUAAACUAUUUUCCUAUUUUACAAAAAAAAAAUCCAAAAAAAAAGAAAAAUUAGAAAUGUGUAAUGGAUAUGUUAAUUAUAUUCCAUUUAACAAAGAAGGGAGUAUGCAUAUGAUUAGUAAUUCUGUUAAUGAUAUGUCAUUAGAAAACAAUAAUGCAAUUUUUUUAAAUAAGUUAGAUAACACAUCAUUAAAAAAGAAAAAAAAAAAAUUUUUAUCAGAAUCAAUACAUGGAAUGGAAAAACCAAAGUUAAGUUUAAAAACAAAAAAUUUAACUUUAAAAAAAUUAAUAAUGAUGAAAAAAGACUCUCCCAUUAUGAAAAAUAAUGAUGAAAAAAAUGAACCUUUGUCUAGAAGUUCCAGUAUUAUAAAAUCAGAAAGGAAAGAAAAUAAAAGUGGUACUAUUUUGAAGCAAUUAUCAAAAGAUAAUAUAAUCAAAGCAGAUUUAAAUGAAGAAGAAAAAGUUGUAAUAAAUAACAUAAAAAAUACUAUUAAAAAGGAAAGUACUGAAGAUAAUAAAACAAAAGGAGUGUUUAAAAAUAUUCCAAAAAGUAUAAUAAAUAAAAAAGAAAAUAAUGAAAAUACAAUGAAAAGUACAAAGGCCGAAAACGGAAUUAAAGAAAAUAUCGAUAAUAAUAAUAAUGACGAAGUUAAAAUUGCAAAAAAUAUAAAUGAUAAGUUAUCAUUUGAUUUAUUAAAAAAAAUAAAAUUUUGUAAAAUUGGAUUUGAAAAUGAUGAUUCCUUAGGUACUUUACCAGUUGUUCACUUAUUAGACAAUGAUAAGAAACUAAUAGCAAUAGUUCCAUGGCAAAUUGAUUUAACUUCUUUUACUUUAGCAAAAUCAUCAAUAGAAGAAGAGACAGUAAGAAAAUUAGGUCUGAUGUCAAGAAAAUUAGAAUUAACUAUAGAUGAAAGAAAAAAGGAUAUUGAAAAAGAAACAAAGUUACUGAGUGGAGAAGGAUUAAAAGAAUUAGGCUUAUUAAGAACUUCAGGAAUUUCUAAAGAUUCUAUACAUGGAGAAGGCUUAAUAACAGGAAUUGAUGUGAAUGCAUUAAAAACUGCUUAUAGAAUAGAGAAAAAAAGUGAACCAAAAGAAAAAGUAGUAAAAGUAUCAAAAGAAACACCAAAAAGUACAAAAACAAAAGGAGGAAAAAAAGAACCACCAAAAUUUAUGAAAGGACCACCUAAAAAUAUAAAGGGCGGACCCAUAUUAGGAAAAGGCAAAGUUGCUAAAAUGAAAAAUGUAAAAGAUGAAGGAAAAACAAAAAGAUUUUUCUGGGAAGCUUUAUUUGAAGAUGAUAUAAAAGGAACUUUAUUUGAAGAAAAAAAGGAUUUAAUAAAAAAAAUUGCAAUAGAAAAAGAAAAUGUAGAGAAAUGCUUUGCAAAAGCUGUUAGUAAAAAAGAAGAAACUAAGGAAUCGAAAAUUAAAAAACCAAAAGUUAUACAGUUAUUACCUGAUUCUAAAAGAGAAUAUAAUAUGUCAAUUGCUUUGUCAAAAUUCAAUAAUUAUACAUUUAAAGAAAUUAGAGAUGCAAUUAUGGAUUUAAAUCCAGAAAUACUCAAUUUAGAUAAUACAGAAGUUUUAAUGCAGUAUGUUCCUACUUCUGAAGAAAUAGAAAUUGUUAAGGAAUAUAUUAAUUCUAACGGUGAUUUAAAUUUAGUAGACAAACCAGAACAAUAUGUUUCAGCUCUUAUUGGAGUUCCAUUACUAAAACAGAGAUUAGAAUCCCAUUAUUUUGCUCUUUCAUUUAAAGAAAAUUAUGAAAAUACUUUAAAUCCAUUGGAAAGUAUAUUGGAAUCAUGUGAAGCAAUAAAAAAUUCUACUAACCUUUUUACUAUUUUAUUCACUAUUUUAAAUGUAGGCAAUACAUUAAAUUAUGGAGAUACACAAAGAGGUAAUGCUUCUGGUUUUAAGUUAACAACUUUAUCCAAAUUAAAUGAUAUAAGGUCCAGCACUAGACCUAUCAAAACGUUAUUACAAUAUAUUUGUGAAAUAAUUUAUGAAAAAAACGCAGAAACCUUAAACAUUAUUGAUGAAUUAAGAUGUAUUGAAAAAGUUACUAAAACAGAAAAGCAAACAAUUGAUUCUCUUCUACAAAAAUUAAAAUUGGGUUCUAAUAAAAUUAAAAAUGUUUUGGAACAAGCCAAAAAAAAUCCAUCCGAUCCUUUAUAUGAAGCUCUUACAGAAUUUUAUUAUAGCAUUGAACCUAAAAUUGUAGAACUGGAGAGUUUUUAUGAUCAAACUUUCAGUGUAUUCAAAGAAGUAGCUAUAUAUCUUGGUUAUAAAGAAAAAGAAGUUAGUACUAUACAAGUUCAUGUUUUUUUUAAAGAAUUAUGGAAUUUUAUUCAAUCUGUUGAAUUUAAUAGAAAAACUUUAAAUGAGGCUGUUAUAAAAAAAUUAAAAAAACAAGAACAAGCAUUAGCAACAGAAAAGCAGGGAAUUUCUUCGAAUAAGAAACAAAAUUUUACUAUUAUUAAGAAAAAGGCCAAAGAACCAACAGCAAAACCAACAAAGAAAACAUUUAAAAUUUUUUAA